GUGUGUGUGGGGGGGUGCACGCGUGUGUAAGGGGUGGGGGGGGACCCCCCAGAGGACUGGAGGUGGGGAGGGUGCCAGCGAAAUCUGGUGUGUCUCCUUCUGAGCCCCCGAUCGGCCGGGCUCUAAGCAGCCCUGGGAGAGCGCCACUGGGCUCCCGUCCCCAGGGGCGGGCCGGGAAGUAAACAGAAACCUGGAGUGGCCCCACCAUCUGCUGGUACAACUUGUUACCUGGCCCAGCCCCGGGCCUGCCCCGGGGCCCCUGGGAAACUGGGGCCAACACUCCAGAAUGGGAGGACUGGGUCUGGGCACCUGAGCUCCAAGGCAUGGGGACCAAAACACCUGGAUCUUGAGAAAAUAGGAAAACAAGGACCAGGAUACCUGGGAGGGAAGGGGGCUGGGGUCCUGGGCUUCUAGAAGUGAAGGGAUCUGCAGGCCUAAAUUCCCAAGGCCUGUACUCUGGGAGGGGAAGGGGCUGAGCUCCUCUUGAGUCCUGAGUCUCUGAGAACUUGGCUUCUAGAAAGAGCUUCCCUGCUGGUGAGGGGCUGGGAGCCAGGUCAGCUAAGGUGUGGGGGGUGGGGGGCACGGUCAGCAGGGUCCUGGAGCACUGGGGCAGUUACCUGGGGGCAGAGGAUGUCUGUCAACAGCAGCUCAUUUCCUUGUACUCCCUGCCUCAGUUUACCCCGGGGACAUUAACGGAGCUGGGUGGCCAAGACACAGAUCAUUAACCCUUCACAGCCCAAGGAGGCCCUAGCCGCAGGGCCAGAUCUUGACCAGCAGGGGGCAAGUCCCAACCAGCUGCCUGUCCCCACUGACCCUCCUGUGCCCACAGAGGCUGCAGCCACCAUGAGCUCCCCACAAGGACCAGGCUUCCUGUCGGGGCUGCUCUCUGGAGGUGCCUCCCCCAGUGGCAACGAGGGCUUCUUCCCCUUCGUGCUGGAAAGGCGGGACUCGUUCCUGGGAGGGGGACCCGGGCCUGAGGAGCCGGAGGACCUGGCCCUCCAGCUGCAGCAGAAGGAGAAGGACCUGCUGUUGGCUGCGGAGCUUGGCAAGAUGCUUCUGGAGCGCAAUGAGGAGCUACAGCGGCAGCUGGAGACACUGAGCGCCCAGCACUCUGAGCGCGAGGAACGGCUGCAGCAGGAGAACCAUGAGCUCCGCCGGGGCCUGGCAGUGCGGGGUGCUGAAUGGGAGGCCAGAGCUGUGGAGCUGGAGGGGGACGUGGAGGCCCUGCGUGCCCAGCUGGGAGAGCAGCGCUGCGAGCAGCAGGACAGUGGGCGUGAGCGGGCACGGGCCCUCUGUGAGCUCAGCGAGCAGAACCUCCGGCUCAGCCAGCAGCUGGCCCAGGCCUCUCAGACCGAGCAGGAGCUUCAGAGGGAAGUGGAUGGCCUUCGGGGGCAGUGCCAGGCUCAGGUCCUGGCAGGAGCAGAGCUGAGGACGCGGCUGGAGAGUCUACAGGGGGAGAACCAGAUGCUGCAGGGCCGCCGGCAGGACCUGGAGGCCCAGAUCCGGGGCCUGCGUGAGGAGGUGGAGAAGGGCCAGGCCAGGCUGCGGGCCACCCACGAGGAGCUGCUGCUACUGCGGCGUGAGAAGCGGGAGCAUAGCCUGGAGCUGGAACGCGCGCGCUCCGAGGCCGGGGAGGCAUUGAGCGCGCUGCGGAGACUGCAGAGGCGCGUCUCGGAGCUGGAGGAGGAGUCGCGCCUUCAGGACGCCGACGUGUCGGUAGCCUCACUGCAGUCCGAGCUUGCUCAGAGCCUUGACGGCGACCAGGACCAGAAAGCGGACGGACGCAGAGACGCCCCGAACACUCUGUCCCCUGAGAUCCAAGAGGCAUUCAGCCACCAGCCUUCAGCCCAAGAGGAAAGCCUGGAGCCUCCCAAGAAGCGAGCAUCCCUGAGGCCAGGGGAGAUACUCGAGGAGAAGGAGGCCGAAGUGGCCCGGCUGCAGGAUGAGAUCACGCUGCAGCGGACAGAGAUACUGUCCCUGCGGGAGGAGCUGCGAAGGCAGAAGGAGCUGCGAACACAGGAGGACCCCGAGGAGGCCCUUAGCGGCGCCCUCUCGGAUCGGGACGAAGCUGUGAACAAAGCGCUGGAACUGUCCCUGGAGCUCAGCCGCGUCUCUCUGGAGAGGGACUCGCUCUCUCGGGAGCUGCUUCGCACUAUCCGCCAGAAGGUGGCGUUGACGCAAGAGCUGGAGGCCUGGCAGGACGACAUGCAGGUGGUGAUCGCCCAGCAGCUGCGCUCGCAACGCCAGAAGGAGCUCAGUGCGGCCGGAUCAUCCCCGCAUCGCGCCGCAACGCGCUUCUCGCUGCGCCUGGGUCCUGGGUCCGCCGGCGGCUUCCUGAGCAAUCUCUUCCGAAGGACCUGA